AUGUCGUCCUCUAUGCUGUCCGCCAACUCGCCUUUCGGCCUGGCGGUUCUACAGACCCAGGUGCAGCCCUCUUCUGUUCAGUUUCUCGGCCUUUUGAGUCAGGACUCAGACCUCCGUGUAUCAGUGUACAAGGUCAAAAAAGAUGAUCAGGUCUGCCUCAUGAAAGUUUUCCGCGGCCAAAACAACCCCAAAACGUCUGACUCCGAUGAAGAGCCUUGCUUGUUUCUGCGAGAAUUCAAAGAGUACAAGCUUCUCAAGCAAAGGGGCUUCUGCGACAGAGGAGUCGUUCCCGACUUCUAUGGAAUAAUACGGGAAAUCGACGUUUUACUCUGGCCUUUCCUAUCUCCAUUUGUAAACGACAAGUUUCGGCCCGAUGCUGUCUUUAUCGAAUACAUUCCAAAUGCGGAACCUUGCCAAAUCAGCAACUUCUCAGAGCAUAAUCUCGCUCGAUUCGCGCAAGUGCUGAGCGAGUUCCAUCAGAUGGAACUCCUUCACGGUGAUUCGUUGCCGCGAAAUAUGCUAGUUGUCAAGCAGGAGCCCCGUGAUAGAAUCGUAUGGAUCGACUUUGACUGUUCGCAGAUUGUACAGCGAGGCAAAUGCCAGGACUACACCGAAACCAAAUUUAUCCAGGAAGAAGAAUUAAUGACCGAAUUUGUAGAGUUCUUGUUGACCAAAACCAUGGCUGACGAGUCGGCAGCCCCCGAAUUCUGGCUCUACGGAUAUGGUCAAGACCACCGCGGCACGCCCGAAGCGCCCGGCCGGGUCGUCACUCUCCUCGAGCGGUCCUACUGGGAGGACCUGACGGACCACCACCACGGCUCGGCGCCCGAACGAGUCUGGGGCGUCGCCUACCGCAUACGGCCCGACAAGGUCGCCGAGGUCAAGAGUUACCUCGACAUUCGUGAAAUCAACGGCUAUUCCAUCCACUACACGCCCUUUCAGCCGGCGGACGGCUCCGCGCCCAUCCGCACCCUCGUCUACAUUGGCACGCCCGACAAUGACCAGUUCGUCGGGCCACAGGACCCGCAAGCGCUGGCGGAGCACAUCUUCAAAAGCAGAGGGCCCAGCGGCUUGAACAAGGACUACCUUUUCGGGCUGGAUGCCGCUCUGGAGAAGCUUUCGCCAGAGAGCGGCGACGAGCACGUCGCGGACCUUGCCCGGCGCGUCCGGGCUCUGGAACAAGCUGCUUGA